AUGACGAGCAGCAUCAAAUCUGUUUCUAGCGUCUUUCAUGACUUCUUUCUAUCCGCAAAGAAUUUAACCUCAAUAAAGUUAGGCUUUCGGGCCAAUAUGCCUCUCGAUCUCUCGCUAGAACUCAUUUUCCACCGCCUACAGUGGAAAAGACUGCGGGCUCUCAGCAUUCAAGGUUGGCGCCUUGAUUCGGAAGAGGUUGUCUCCCUGAUCCGCCGACAUAGGAGACAACUCCGUGAUAUCGCAUUGGUUGGCGUCUACCUUCGCAAUGGAGGCCGAUGGCGGGAUAUCCUGUCCGUCCUGCACGACGAAAUGGACCAAGUAGAACGUAUAGAUUUACGAGACAUCGACUACGCAGACCAUUUGGAUUUGGACUCACCAGAUACCAAUGGUUAUGCCAGUACUUCCAGCACAUCGGUCCUCUCCGUCGUCCCAGAACCUACACUCGCCCUACCCCCUUAUCAUGCAAGUUUCAAUGCUGAUUACCCGUUUUUCUCUCCCUGCGGAAGCACCCGGCGUUCGUUUUCGGAGACAACUCUGGAGCGGUUGAGAGCACUCACUGCGGAUGACCUAGGUGAUAAUGGAUUGAGUGUGAGGCGCGAGCAGAGGUUGCUCUGGGAGGCGUGGGUACUCUCCAGCCCCGGAAACAUGUUACGAGGCCGGCAAUAG